UCAAAAACUCCAUAAUGAAAAGUGUGUCAAGUAUUGAAGUAAGUAAUUUACAAUCCUUGACUCAAGUGACGUCUGUGAUCGCACGAGCGACACUGGAACCUAGCGAAGUGACCUCUGAUACGCAGGAUCUUGCUCUGCAAGCCUUAAAAUCUAUGACGUCAUUGUUACGAAGCAAGACCAAUGAAGAUUAUGGUUCAGAGUCCGUCCUAGUUGAACAAGGUGGGGAAAACUUGGUACUGAGUCUGGGUAACAUUCUUAACUCUGCUUCUCAGAAGGCGAGUGUGAUCGAUAAAAAAGCGGAGACAUCGGAAACGCAGUCCAAGAGUGAAAACGUCUCCAAAGACACAGCGAAACUUAUUGAUGAUGUAAGCGUUGCACUCCUAUCCAAAAUGCUCGUGGAUCAGGAGCCUAACCGCGUACAAACACAGUCCUUGAGUAUGGUACUUAACAGACUCAGUCCCAGAUCAUUGGAAACAGCAACAAAUUUUACAGACGAUCCUUCUGUAGGGGAGUUCAAAUUUGCCUUCAGCGCCAUAACCGAUGAGAAAGCGAGAGAUGCUGAGUAUAUCGACAGUGUGAGGGCGAAGAUUGACACCUACUAG